CCAAAACAACAUAUGGCUUCGAUAUUAAAAAAACAUUACUUCAAAGACCACCACCGGCCAACCAUGCCCGUCGACGGCCGGUGCAAGAAACACCCCAAACACCGCCAAUCGCCGGGCGUUUGCUCGGUAUGCUUGAGAGAAAAGCUUUGUCAGCUCGCCAGUAUUCAUCCGGGCUCGCGUAGAACUAACAACAUUUCGACCACAACGCGCUCUCCCGGCUCCUCAACGACGUCUUCUCUUUCGUCGUAUUAUUCGUCCUCCUCCUGUUCCUCUUGCUCGUCUCCCAUGCAGUAUCGCUGUCGUACGUACAAUAUUAAUAAUGCUCGUGAAGGAAAAGGGUUAUCGAUGUCUAGUUUCUUGUUAAGCGGCAACAUCAAUGUGCUUAAGAAGAGUAGAUCGAUGGCUUUUGCGAUUCCAAGAUCAACGAGAUCAGGGGCUGAUAAAGACGGCUCUGAUGAUCAGAAGAGGAAAAGUGGAUUUUGGUCCAAAUUGCUUAUUCCUCAAGGGAAUAAGAGAGAGACUUUCAUGCACUCUAGAACUGUGAGAGAAAGAGUGCAUUGAUCAAUACUGUCGUAUAUUGAAUCAGAAAUAUUUCUUGGAGCUUGCUGUUACUUUGUUUUCUUUUU